AUGUUUGUAUGUAAAAAAUGUUCAAGAUACGUAAUUAAGAAGAUUUUCUAUACGUUUAUAGGUGAGAGCAAAUAUAAGCUUCUGUUUUUAAGAAAGGGAAAUGAUUAUAAAAAUAUUUUUUGUUUUGAGAAAGGAUAUAUUAGUACUCAUGUAAGAGGUGAAAAAAAAGAUGAUUUGGAUAUACAAACCUUGUUUUUGGAUAACCCAAGUACACGAAACAUAAAAGAUGAAUAUGAAAAGAAAACAAAUGAUAAGAAUAACAUGGAAGAGUAUAACAUAUGUAAUAAUAAUAAUAUUAUUACUAAUAAUAAAAUAAAAAAUUGUUCACAUAUGAAUACUUUUAAUAGUAAAAAGUUAUAUGUGAAGGAUAAUAUAAAUAAUACGAUUCAUAAUAAUUAUGAUGAACAAAAAGAAAAUAAAGAAGAGUAUAUUAAUACUCCGAAAGAAAAAAAUAAUUUAUACAAUUUACCAUAUAAAAAUAACAACACACCUAUUAUUGAUAAAAAGAAAUUAGAUGAACAAGUUGUAAAAGAAUUACAUAAUUUAAUAAUAUCUAUAAAAAAAAUAGAUAAAGAUAAAAAAGAGAAUAUUAUAAAAUAUAUAAAUACAUUAAAUAAAAAAUAUUUAAAAAAUAUUAAUAAGAAUAUAAUUGUAUUUUUUGAAAAUCUGGAUAUAUAUAUGUCAGUCAAUGGUUUGUUAAUAUGUGAUAUAGGAGGGGAAGAGAUAUUUAAUUACAUUAAUAAAAUUAAAUUAACAAAUAAUAUGGAUAUACAAAAAGAAACAUAUGAUGAUAUAGAGAAAAAUAAUGUAAAUAGGAAUGAAACCUUUUUGAACAUGGAUGAUGUUACAAAGGAAGACAAUAUUAAUAUAAAUAAUAUGUUCGAUAUAAAUUAUAUUAAGGAAAAAAAAAAAAGAAUUUAUGGAGAUAAUAUAUAUCCAAUAGUUGUUAAAUCUGAAGAAAAGGAAGAAGUUGUGCCAAAAAAAAAAAAAAAAAAAAAUUCUAAUAAUAUAAGCCAACAUAAUAAUAAUAAUAAAAAAAAAUGUGAUGAUUAUAAUAUAAUAAACUGUAGAAACGAUUUAGGAGAAAAAACAAAAAAUCAUCAAACGAAUUAUUCUAAUAAUCCCAAAUUUGAUUAUCCAUAUAAUGAAGUAGAAGAAGAAAGUAAUAUCAUCAAUGUUAGAAGGCAAAUGUUAAUUGAAAGAUCAUCUUAUAAAAAAGCCAUAGAAGAAGCAGAAGAAUUUGUUUCGAAUCUUCAUGAUUUAAAAAAAAUUACCGAAAUUCAAGGUUUGUGUAAAAUAUAUUUAAACUGGAUUAGCGAAUUAGAAAAACGUAUUAUACUUUAUAAAGAAAAAAAUAAAAAUAAAAAAAAAAAAAAAAUUUUCCCAGACUUUAUAGAUGAUAAAUUAUUAGCUACAAUAACAGUCAAAUGGACCAUACAAUAUACUUUUAACCCUUUAAAAAAAAAGUAUUCAAAUAAUGUUUCUACACAAUCUAAAUAUUUUGAGCACGAAUAUUCUUAUCAAUCCUUAUUUACACAUAUAGCUAUAAAAAUAGGAGAAGAAAUAAACAAUGAACUCAAUUUACAUUUACUAGAAAAAAAAAAUCAUCUUUAUAAUUAUAUGAAGACAAAUAAAAAUAAUUCCUCCUUUUCUCAUUUCCAAAAAUAUAGGAUAAUAAAACAAAUGAAGCACCAAAUUGGGAAAGGACACCACAUGAGACAACAUGCUAUGAUGGGUGGCAACACCCAAGGUAUGGAUCUUAAUUAUGUGGAUAAUGAUAAGAAUGGCACUGAUUCGUGCGCAAAUAAUAAUGUAGGAAUUGAUUCAUGUGCAAAUAACCAUUUUGGAAUUGAUUCAUGUACAAAUAACCAUUUUGGAAUUGAUUCAUGUACAAAUAACCAUUUUGGAAUUAAUUCUUGUGAUGAAUAUUAUGGACAUACAAAUAACCAUGUACAUAUAAAACAUGAUGAUGAUAAUAUAAUUGAAUGGAAUUCUGUUAAGAAGGCAACAAUAGGAGGUCUAUUAUUAAACAUGCUUAUUGAGAAUGCAAAAAUGGAUGUUGAUAUUAAUAUAGCAAAAAAUGAAUUUAAAAAUGAAUAUAAAUAUUAUUUAUUUUUACAUAAAACAGCCAAAAAUAAUGCAGAGGAUUUAUAUGAAGAAUGUAAAUAUAAAAAAGAAUUAAAUUAUCAAAAUUUUUAUGAAGAAGAAUCCAAUACAUUAAAAUUUAUUAUUCUUGAUAAAUAUAAAAAGAAUAAUAGUUAUGAUAAUAAUUUUAAAAAAAAUUAUAUAGAAAAUAAAAUAUGUACCAAUAAUUAUGGUACACAUGAUAAAAAUGUGGUCAAACAAAAUAAUGAGGAUAAAGGCAAUUGUGCAAAUCUUCAGGAGGUUCAACCUUCAGAGAAUAAAAAAGAAAGUAAGUUUUGUCAGAAACAAAGAGAAAAGUUAAUGAGAAAAGAAAUUAUUUUAUAUAGAUCUAAGAGAGAUAGGAAUAAAAUAGAGUUACCGGUAUUUAUUCAUUCUUAUGUAUGGAAAAAUAAUAAUUGGUAUGGUGUAAUACAUAUGCGUGAAUGUUGUGCAAAUUAUUUAUUAAAUAAUGCAAUAAAUUCCCAUAUUCCAUUAAAUUAUUUACCUAUGAUAUGUAAACCAAAGAGAUGGGAAAAUUUUGAAGGAGGGAUGUUAUUAUUAAAGAAUAAUUUUAUUCGUUGUAAUAUAAAACCAUUAUUUAAUUUAAAUGUUUGUAAUUUAAAUAGAAUAAAAAAUAUUGUAUCCGAAAUAGGUAAUGUCGGAUGGAAAAUUAAUAAAGAAAUUUUACAUUAUAUAGAAUAUGCAUAUAUUCAUGGAAUAACCAUAGGAAAAAUACCACUUUAUAAAAAUUAUACGUUACCAAAAUAUAUUAAUUUAAAAGAACAAAAUAAUGAAGAAAUAAAAAAAUAUCUUUUAUUAAAAGAAGAAAUAAAUAGAUUAAAUAAAUGCUUAAUAAGUGAAAGACCCACAUUCUUACAAAAAUUAGCAGUAGCAAAAACAUUCAAAGAUAAUGAUAUUAUCUAUUUCCCUCAUAAUAUAGAUUUUAGAGGAAGGAUGUAUCCAUUAUCACCACAUCUACAUCAUAUGAGUGAUGAUAUAUGUAGAAGCCUAAUCACAUUCGCCGAACAAAAAGAAAUAGGUAAUAAAGGAUUGUUCUGGUUAAAAAUACAUCUUGCUAAUACAUUUGGAAAAGAUAAAUUAAGUUUUCAAAAAAGAAUUCAAUGGGUUGAUCAAAAUAUUAAUAAUAUUAAAAAAUUAACUCAACAACCUUUUGAUAAUAUCGAAUUCUGGAAUAUGGCUGAAAAACCAUGGCAAGCAUUAGCUGUAGCAAUAGAUCUUAAAAAUGCUUUAGAAUCUCCUAAUGUUUCUAAGUAUAAAAGUAGUAUACCAAUACAACAAGAUGGUACAUGUAACGGUUUACAACAUUAUGCAGCCUUAGGAAAAGAUAAAUAUGGUGGAAAGGCAGUUAAUAUAAUUCCUUCUGAUGAACCACAAGAUAUAUAUUCCGUAGUUUUAGAUAUAGUCAUAAGUAAGAUAAAAAAUGACUUGUUGAAUAUAUCAAACAGUCAUCAUAAUAAUAUCAUAUCUUCUAGUAUUAAUGAAAAUAUAAACAAAAACAAAAAAUACAACAAUAGCAUUAACAAUUAUAAUAAUAACCAUAAUAGGAAUUGUAAUUCUAAUGUUAAUAAAAACGAAUUAGCUAGCUAUUGCUUCAAAUUUGAUCUUUUAAAAAGAAAAGUUGUUAAACAAACCAUUAUGACCAUAUGCUACGGUGUAACAUCUAUAGGGGCAAAAAAUCAAGUAAAAGGAAAAAUUCAAACAAUGAUAGGAAAAGAAUUAGAUAAAAAUAUAAUUAAUAAAUUGUCACAAUAUAUUGCCAAUUAUAUAUUUGAAUCUAUAAGUGAAAUAUUUAAAAGAGCUAUGAUCAUAAAAAAAUGGUUUAAUAAUUUAUCUAAAGUUACUAAUGAAUUAAACAUACCAAUCACAUGGAUAUCGCCCAUAGGAUUACCAUGUGAACAACCAUACAGAUUAGGUAAUAGAAUUCUAGUCAAUACACCUUUACAAUCAAUUAGUGUUAUUUCUUAUAAAAAUAGUCAAUUACAUAAAAAUAAACAAAGGUUAGGAUUCCCACCUAAUUUUGUUCAUUCACUAGAUGCAUCACAUCUCAUGAUGACAGCAGAAAAAAUGGUCAUUCAAAAUAAUUUUAGCUUUGCUGCUGUACAUGAUUCUUAUUGGGCUCAUGCAUGUAAUGUAGAUAUUAUGAACCAAUUUAUACGAGAGUCAUUUAUAACAUUGUAUAAUGAACCUAUUCUAGAAAAUAUAUAUAACAACUUUAGAAUCAGGUUGGGCAAAUUUGCUACUAAAAUACCAUCAUCCCCUGAACAGGGAGAAUUGGAUAUUUCCCUGGUAAAGGAUAGUCUUUACUUUUUUAGCUGA